AUUCAGUGUCCGUCAGUUCGCGAGUGAACAUCGGGAAUCAUAGAGAGGACAUAGAAAAUAUCGAUAUCAGGAUACCUUUCAAACCGGGAAGCAGUAAAACUACAAGAAUAUUCUACCAGAAAACUGAAGUUGGUUUAAAGGAUGGUGAGGGGCGGAUUGGGCAAACUAUGGACUUCAUUUUGCCUCCUGGCGUUGGUUUCGGCAGGUCCUCUAAAGAGAUAUACAAGGGAGAGUGAGGAUUACCAGAAUGACUUCUCCGCGUACGCAAAUUAUACGGCAAAUGAAGUUUGUUUCUCGGAAGGGGAGGUGUUCCAGAAGGGUGACAUCAUGCCCAACCCCGGGCCUUGUGAGGAGUGUCGUUGUGAACCUCCCUCCAUCGUCUGUAACAUGGUCAAGUGUCCGGUCAACAACAAUGGCUGUCGAACCAUCCAGAAACCCAACCACUGCUGUCCAGACUACAACUGUGAAUGUGACUACAACGGCCAGCUGUACAACGACGGAGAGCGGCUGGACUUGCCUGAGGAGCCUUGCCAGGUGUGUUACUGCAAGGGAGGUGAAGUGAUGUGCAACUCCAUCACGUGUUACCAUAGAGAUGACUGCGACCCCAUCGAGGUUCCGGGACAGUGCUGCCCCAAGUACGAGAACUGCCCUGUCAGAGACAUGGGGAGUUCCAGUUCCGAUGACAAGAACAUUCUAGUGAGAUCCGCAAACAAGACGAAUCACGUGUCUCCAAAGCGAGAAAUGAACCCGUGGCUUUUGACAAAGCUUCCAUCAGUGUCCAGUUCAUCCUCGCCUAGGAAUAUCCAAGAACCCACGACAGAAGGUGGGAGCAUCAUAAUCGUAAGUGACUGGCUGUCUGAACGCAAGACUACAACAGAGGAAACGUCAAGUCCUGACUAUGUUAGGCAGAGCUACAGCGUCGUGUCUACCGCUGGACCAGAUCUGUCCACUAACCUAGACCAUCUCACUACUGAACUAAAACAGGAGUCAAACUCAGAUAAAUCCGUCAUAGUAAAAAUCCAUGACACCAUUACGCCAGUAGAUGAGGUUAUCUUUACUAGAAUAGAUUCCCCGAAACAGAAUAAAAAUGUAAGUUUGGAGAGUCCGACAAAUAUUUCAGCUGAAGAGGCCCAAUUAAAAUUGACAAGCACCCAAAUACCAUCUACUGGUCUGUAUUCGUCAGGUGUUACAUUGAGUACAUCUGUAUCCGCUGAUGAAUUUGAAAAAUAUAAAACAAUAUCCAAUUUAACGGAAAUAGAGAGUACAUCAGAAAUAAAACCGUUGGACGCGAUGUAUCCACUAAUACCAAGUAUACCACCCAUUAAAAUUCAAGAAAUCACUAAUAAUGAGACUGUUAAUGUGACAGAAACUGCUCUACAGCCAACCACUCUGCACUACACAGGUGGUCUGAAUGAGUCGGAGAAGACACAGUUAGAUAAUGACUCUUCUGGGAAUAUUUCAAAUGAUGAGAAAGAAAGUGAUAAAGUGGUUGGGCAUAAUUUGAAAUCGGAAGAGUUAAACUCACAGCUUAACCAAAGAAUGGACACGACGGACUUACAGGGUCCUUUCUUUGUUGAAAAUGAUAAGGUCAGUGAAAUCCCAGAUGAAAUUACAUAUACUCCCCCUGCUCUUGAUACAAAUACGAAUGUUCCGAAAGACAAUGGAGCCACUACUAUUAUUCCAUUGAAGGUCAAAUUAGAAACAAAUAUUAUGGACACUCUUGAGCACUCAACUGACGUUGAUGAUCCAACUAAUGAAAGUACUAUGACAUACAAUAAUACUGAGACUGAAAUUACUACGAACGCGGUUUACACAGAGUUUACUACUAUUAAACCAGAAAUAAAAGACGAUAAAUUAAAUGAUUCAUCUUCUUUGAGUGGGCCAGAUUUACCAGUAACUGAUAAUGUAACAUCCGUUAAUAUCACUCAAGAAACAAAAGAUUCUAAGGUAGGCACACAAAUGCUAGAACAAGUGAAGGAACAUUUUACUCAGGAUGUUAAAGUAGACUCUACAGACACACCAACAUUAAACAGUGUUUCAACAAUGGGGGGAAGUGACGAACCCCGUGAGGUAGAAUUGACUUCAGAUGAACCUCCAGUGCUAGAGUUGAACAGUCAUGUUCCUUUUCUGCAGCUAGGUGGUCAUGAAAAUACUGAUUCAUCCUUCAAGGAAACUCACGACACGACCAUAACAAAUGAAAAAGACAAAGAGUUGCUUGUAACUGACUCUUCCUUGGACAACAAUAACCACGAUGUGUUGACAAAUCAAACUAAUAUUGUUGAAGGUUUUCCUAGUAUAGAAAAUGUGACAAAUUAUGUAACCAACCAAACCAACGCGCUUGCAAACGAGAAACUAAUCGAGAGCAACGAACUUGAAACCACAACUGAUGCCAUUUUUACAUCUUCCCACAUCCCUUUAAAACCAGGUGAUCUAAAAAUCAUAGCUGAAUAUUUAAUAAAUGACACCAUCAAACCCGUGGUAAAUAAUAAUUCUGAUUAUUCUCCUCACGAAUGGAUUAAGGGAAAUAUAACAUCACACGAAAUUAUGUCUACUAUCAUGUCCGCAGCAAACAUCAGUAUUGCUAUAAUUGAUAAAACUGAUAAUAAAGCUAACAGGCUCGUUGAAAAAAACAAUAGAAAGGGGAAUGAACAAGGUUUGGAAAAAUUUGAAAAAGACAAUUCUUUGGUGAGGAACAAUGUUUUGAACAGCUUGAAAACAGGCAAUAAAACUCGUUUUAUUCACGUGAAGGGAGAUGAUUAUUUACAUAGUCCUAAAGUCAACCCAGAAACUGAAGUCCCAGUAAAUGACGAAGCAAAAGGCGGAUCGGUCUCUGACAAAGACAGUGUGGAGAAUUCAACUAUUAAAUACAAUCUCAAUUCCCACGAAUCAAAAAAUAACUUAUAUGUAAAUAGAACUGAAACAAACACACUAAAGAACGAAAACACUUUGACGCCUAUUUCUACACAACAUACAGAUGCACACAUUACAUCUGGUAGCGAUCUUCGAUUCGACAAAGUCAAUCCUGUUGAAGGCUCGACGGUUCAGAAUAUAGAAAAUCAUUCGAAUCUAAAAGACAAGUUGUAAAAUUGACAUCUGUAUUGACUUACUGGGCCCAGGAUUAAUCUAUAAACAUCCGCAUAUUUAGAGGAACGGUACACCGUAGAUGAGCGAAAAUACUAUGCUUAUCCAUGACUGACUCGAAAUUAAUUUCAUAAUUUGUAUUUCCUACAAGUUUUGUUACAAUUACCUUAGUCGACUUGUUAUAUCAAGAUCCGACCCAACUUCCAAAGCAGUAUUAAAUUGUAGAUAAUCCCUUCUUAUGGCUCUGACCAAAGAAGAAAGGCAGAGCUGUAGUCGUUCUUGAUGGUAAAAUGACUUCCAUAGCCAAUAGGUAUUUUAUUUAGCUAAUAAUGUGAUCUUUUUAGGCCUACUUAAAUUUCAGUUGCAAAAUAGCAUGUAAAUAUUGACCUUUUAUCCAAAUUUAUGUUGCUAUGUGAAGGUUAAAUAAAAAUUAAAAGCAAUGAUUUAGAAAAUUGUUAAAAAUUCCGUUUGGCUGUAAGUCAUUUCCUCUGAUCUAUUAAUGCCGACUUACGCUCUAAGAUCUGUGAUAAGACACUGUAAUUAAUAUAUAUAUAUUUAUUUAUUUAUGUUUAUUUAUUGCCAAAUAAGUUAUUGGGUGAUACGUUUCAUGGAACGUUUUGUCUGGUAACUUAUUGGUUGUUGGUAUUUUCAUACGAAUACUCUAGGUAGUCUACUAUAAGCCAGUGUUUGUAGUCAGAAUGUGCAUUUGUUACUUGCGUCGUUAGCAGUGUUAGAUAUUUUAACAUGUAAAUAUUCAUAUUAUUGUAAGAUUAUAUUUAUUGAUUUUAAAUAAAUCUGUAAAACAUCUAUUGUCUAGUUUUUACAUUACCUGUUAAAGAAUUAAAGCAAGAGUGUUGUUCAUUAAAAUGUGAACUUGAUUUAUUUUGCAUUAAAAAUUACGAUUCCUAAAAUAUAUUAUCCACUGCAGAUAAAA